AUGACCCGACCAAACACCCCUCCAAUAUUGUCCGAGCUGUACAGCGCCCAUUCUCCCGCCGGUCAGGUCAAAGCGCUCCGGAAUUUGAAAAAUGAUGUCAUUGGCCACGAGCAGAUGAAGCAGCUCUGUGUUGAACAUGGAGUCCUGCCAUCUCUGGUCCACAUACUCAAUUCGUACAAGGGAGAGGGAAUGACAAGGGCCGCGAAAUCAAAUGCUGCGGAGGAGGGGGCACGACGGAAGAUAAAUAGAAGCGAGGAAGAGAAUGCUAGAUUACAAGCAAUCAUAGUCGUCGGCAGUCUGGCUCAUGGUGGCCCAGCAUUCAUUCCUUCACUGCAUGCAAGUCAUGCGAUACCUUCCCUGCUCUCAUUGCUAUCUUCAGCCGAUAUAUCAUCUCAAACCAUCGUGCAAAUAUUGCGAACACUGAACAGCAUUGCCGAUGCAUUAUCCUUAUCCACCCCUGAGCGGAACACAGAUACCCUUUUCGCAAGAUCAUUUUACACCCAAGAGAACAUUCGUAACAUCUCACAUCUCUUGGAAGAAGUGAACAGUAGUGUUUCCCCCGGAACAAUUCCUCACAAUGAACGCAUUGCUCUAAUUGCCACGCUCAUCUCGAAGACAUGUCAAGCAGAAUAUCAACGGAAGCUGGCGGCAGAGAGUGGAGUCCUUGAUGCUUUUGCAAGGCAGCUUGUCGCGUGGAUUCCUCCCUCAUUUCCUGUUUGGGAUGACGGGAAAAGACUCAGAUGGGAAUGGCGCAUUUCGUCUGAGGCAUCGAUGUCGUCCAGCCACGGCGGGCUUUCGUCUUUGCUACAUGCCACCGGCGUCAUAAUCCACCACUCGAAGUAUCGCGCCGAGAAGCUGUUGAGAAUGUUUGAUGGGAUAUUCCGAAACGCGGACAAUCAGCUUAGGCGUGCUUGGGAGAACUUGACCGCCAAUGUCCCAACGAGUAUGAAGGGUAGAAUUCCUCCUGCGCCAACAAGUGCAGAGUGCCUAGCGCCAGCUAUGCCUGGUUCACAGCCCCGACGUCUCGCUACUUCCAGAGAUCUCCCUCCUUUGGAUCCAAUCAAAGCCAUGGACGUAAAAGGCAGUAGAAGUCUCAGUUCGGCGAUCGAGAUUUUCACGAGUAGUGGUCUUGAACGAAUAGCAGAUGAAGAAAGUACCUUCAUAGCUUGGCUCAUCCACAUUGCACGAGGGACGGACGUCGUCACUGGCCUCAUGGCGGCUUGGAUGUUGGCCGUUCUUUACCGCUUAGGUUUAGUCAAGGAUGCCAGAGAGGUCUCCAUUGCUUUGCUUAUCAUUCCACCAUUAGUGCGUCUCCUAGAAAAAGCUGAGGCGGGAAGUUUGCCUUCUGAUACGGGUAUUGACGCUUCAUUGGACGAAUUCAUGAGAGAGGAAAGUCCGGCUGUAUUAGCUAUGCUAACUAUCAACAAUUCGAGAACUCAAAAGGCUGCGGUUGACGCGGGGGCAAUCCUAGUGCUGUCGCAACUUCUAAAGAGAUCAUACGACCCACUGCACACGUUUCCUUCCUCGCCUAUGUGGUCCUCUGAGCCUUCAACUUCAAAUGUAAACCAGGAUGCGGAUGGUGCGUCGAAAGUCGGCCCAGUUGGCGUAUCACCUCAAGUGCGGCAUACGAUGAAAGUCAGAGAAACAGCUCUCAUUGCUAUGGCCGCGCUCGCUUCUGACAAGGACGAGUACCGAAGAGCGACAAUAGAUGCGGGGGUUAUCUCAUUCAUCGUUCGUACUCUCAAAGCUGAAGAUGUCAGAUUUGGCGCUUCAAAUAGUUCGAUUGUUCCCGAGGACCAGGACAUUGAGCAGAGGAUUAGACUCUCAAAUUGUAAAGACACUGUUCUUGCAGCAUGUGGGGCAGCGAGAGCGCUUUCGAGGUCCGUUUCGACUCUGAGGACAAAUCUCAUGGAUGCAGGGCUGGCGGCUCCGCUUUUCGUUUUAUUAAAAUGUCGAGACAUCGAACUCAAGAUUGCGGCAACAGCUGUCAUAUGUAACCUCGUGCUUGAAUUUAGUCCGAUGCGGGAGGCCGUCCUUGACAAUGGAAUCCUCGGAAUCCUCUGCGAACAUGCGCAUAUGAACGAUCCAAGUCUCCGACUCAAUUCUCUUUGGGCACUUAAACACCUUGUCGUCAAUGCUAGCUCGAAGUUGAAAAAGGAAUGCGCCGAAGGCCUGGGCAUUGGUUGGUUGAGACAAAUCAUCAAUUCUGACCCGGAAGUGCCAAGCACACCAAGUUUUUUCCGCACUGGCGAUCGAGAUGACGGUAAUCUAACGCCCAUUCGGAUGAGCACUCCAAACGCCGCUGGCGAGCAAGUCGAUUUGUUGAACGCGGUAGAAGAUUCUAGAGAGUCUAGUCAAGCACCAGAAGACGAUGUAGAAGAAGACACAAGAAUGUCUGAUAGUAUUGGCUCUCUGAGCAAGAAUGAUCUAAAUCUGAGGCCACGCGCCACUGUCACAAGGAAUGGGCCACCACUAAGCCUUUCACAGCCCUUGGAACUCCUCCCCGAUGUCCCUGAUGAAGCUGGUAUAGUAAAGCAGGCCCUUGAAUUUGUCCGCAACCUCAUGCUUGGUAAUGAUAUUGAGGGGAUGAUCGACUUUGUCUUCCAGCAAAUUGGCCAGGACGAAUUCUUUCGUAUAAUUGCGUCCAAAAUAAAGCCCAGAGCUCUCAAUGCCUUUGGUGGUGAUAGGAGAUCUCUCGAUAGCAGCCGUAUCAGGUCGACUUCACCACAUUCGGAUAUCCUCACUUCAGCUGUCUACUGUCUCGUGCACAUCGCUGCCGGCGGUCCGAGACACAAGAACCUUUUCAUCCAUCAGACAAAAUUGUUAGAAUCGUUGCCUCCUUUGUUGAGCCAUCCAGAUCCAGAGAUUCGAGUCUCGUGUAGUUGGGUUCCGUACAACCUGUCGUGGGAUAAUGAUUCGGCUGACAGCGUUGGGUGCAGAGACCGAGCGAGGCGUCUGAAGGAGAUGGGGUUCGUUGAGAAGCUGCAGGAGAUGGGGAAAGACUCGGAUCUGAAUUGUAGAGAGCGGGCGAAAAGUACAUUAGAUGUGAUGGCGCCCCAUUUAAUUCGGUAG